AGUCGUCAGUUGCAGCUGUUCUCAGUCAGUGUGUGAUUCUCAGACCACAGCCACAGGAUUUCUCCCAGCAGCUCUGUCCGGUUCAUCUGACUUAAAAUAGGUUUUUAUGCAAAUAUAAAGAACAGCUAAGUACUAACUACUCAUUUAUCUAUUUAACUUUUGGCGCCUCGACUCGUUCUCGUGACAUGUCGCUGUUUGUGGAGGACCCUGCUUACCUCUCUAAAUCUAGACUGAAGUCAGAUCUAGUUGCACACAAUGUCGCGCUGCCACCCACCAAGAGCAAAAAGGAGGUUUAUGUGGACCUGCACUUAAAACACAUCGCUCACAAUAACGCAGCGGAAUUUUCUAGCGACGAGGAGGAUCAAGAAGAAGAUGUGGCAGACAAGGAGGAGGAUGCAGAGAUUCCCGACCCGAGUUGUUUGACUGAUGAUGACCUCAAGGCCGCGCUGCUUGAGCACGGGGUUAAAGCUGGACCCAUAGUCGCCUCCACUAGAGCUUUGUAUGAGAACAAGCUCAGGAGACUGCUUCAGUCAGAAGGACAUGGCUGUCUGAAUGGAGUAGAGAAAGGGGUAUUAUACUCUGACAGCGAAGAGGAAAAUGGGGAAAAGGAGGACGAAGAGUCAGGUUCCGAAAGAGCAAAAGAAGAAACGGUUGAGCAGUCAGACCAGGCCCAGCAAAGGAGUAGCCAGAUAGAGUUGUGUUUUCAGAAUGGUGGUUUUGUUUACCCACAGUGCUUUGUGCUCUCAUCAAGACUGCGUGCUCAUGCUUCUAGAAACAGGGAACCUAGUCCGAAGAGGAAUGUGGAGAAUGCGAUAAAAUCAUCGCAGCAGAGUUGGCCUCACUGCUCACAGAUUCCUAUAGGAAUUACUAGAACAUCCUCUGUAGAUCAACGCUCGGGAUUAGGAUCAGGGUUUCCAUCUGGAUCACAACCAGUUAUGUCCAGUGGUGGCUCGUUAAUUUCCUCUCAGGCCUUCAGCAUCACUCAAAUGGUUAAGGAGGUGGAGAGUCGGAGGUCACUCACUACUAGCACAGACAGUGAGAGAGAGUUGAAUGGGAGCAAUGUGCAGGAACAUUGGUCGCGGUCCACCAGGCUGGACAAACCAAUUGUGGACAAGUAUACCAUAAACAACCAGUCCUUGUACUACACUCCAAAGGAAUCCCCUUGUAUUAGGGACAUGAAGCUUUCUCAGGAGCCUGUGGAAGAUAUGUUACAGGAAAUGUUUCCAAACACUGAGGCCACACCUACAGGGAUCUGCGCCACUCGUCGGAGACCUAUCAAGGGUGCAGCAGGGAGACCUUUCCAGUAUGCAUACCCAGACACUCCGGCCAGUCCCACGACCCUGGAGAGACGAGAGGUGGAGCGCCGCCUUGUGCCCUUCCAGAUACAGAUUUUGGUCUUCGUCAUUGUGGCGUGUCUCCUUUACCUCAUUUAUGUUUGUGUUGAGGACUACUCAUUCAGUCCAUUUGUGGCCUUAUUGGACAGUCUAGACCAAGGGUCAGACAGUGAGGAGGGGCCUUUGCUUCAGGCUGAGACACAGGACACACCAGCACUCUCUGGACAGGAGUAACUCUGGGUUUUUUUUUAAUCCUCUGCAUUGAUUUACAGAUGUGAGGGUUUUUGGUGAUGCAAACCUUAUUCUGGGAUAUCUUCAGGGAGCGCUUUACUAUUGACUUUGUUUGUGUGUCUGUACGGGAGCAAACCUCAAAGUCUAGUUUUACAGUUUAUAUAUUUUGCUUAUGGAUGUUACCGAAGUGCUCUUGUCAGUGUAGUUAAAACCAUUGCUAAAACACAGAAAUAAAACUGUCUUUAAAAAUAUUUUCUCAAAGUUAUAAAUUAUAAAGAAUAAUACUAUAAAUAUUUUCUAUUUCCUAACCCAAAUUGUGUACUUUUCAAAGAAUUAAUGUCACUGUACUUGUAUGUAUUUUUUUAAACAUUUCAACCAUAUUUCAAUAAAGGAUGUUUUACUUCA